GCGAGUAUCUUUAAUUCUCUCUUUCAAUCAAAAAGGCCUACGCCACACAUGAAAUAGCGAGCAGGCGGCGUUUACGUGGUCGUUCUUCCGCUGGUGGGGCGAUGACUACCACCCAAUUUCAUCGAUUUCGCCGCAAUUCCCACCUCCACCGCCUGAUCUCACCUUCCUCCUGUGGCUAUCACAAUGAAGACAGCCGCACACCGCCAUGCCGCCGCACUUGUUGAAAGUUUACAAGAAGCUAUUGGUUCACUAUCAAAAGGUUCUAGUCUUCACAUGUCAACUGUUCAAUCAACUUUGAUGCAUGGAUCAUUAUACACCAGAAGGCGGGAAUCUGUAUCUAAAUGCUGCAUAAGUCAAUUAUUGACAAGCAGCAGCUAUUCUACUUAUAGGCCCACAUUGAAAGAUAAUAAUGUAUCUCGCUUCCAGAAUUUGAAUAAAAGGAAGAUAGUUCCUCAUUCUGAUCCUCCUAGCGCUGGAGAUGUCAACCUUCUGAAUGAUUUUAUUGAUCAAAGUCACAAACUCAUGGUGUUGACUGGCGCUGGAAUAAGCACAGAAUCUGGAAUUCCUGACUAUAGAAGCCCAAAUGGAGCCUAUAGUACUGGAUUUAAGCCAAUCACACAUCAGGAAUUUGUUCGGUCAAUCCGUGCUCGGAGGCGUUAUUGGGCUAGGAGCUAUGCUGGAUGGAUAAAAUUCAUUUCAGCACAGCCCAAUGCAGCUCAUCAUGCUUUAUCAUCAUUGGAGAAGAUUGGCCGAAUUUAUUACAUGGUCACCCAAAAUGUAGAUAGGUUGCACCAUCGAGCUGGGAGCAACCCACUUGAGUUGCAUGGAACUGUUUAUACUGUAGUGUGUUUAGAAUGUGGAAAUUCCAUUAAUCGUGAUUCAUUUCAAGACAGGCUCAAGUCCCUUAAUCCAAAGUGGGCUGCAUCAAUUGAAAGUCUGGAAUCUGGAAAUCCUGGUUCAGAUAAAAGCUUUGGAAUGCACCAACGACCUGAUGCUGACAUUGAGAUAGAUGCCAAGUAUUGGGAGGAGGAUUUUGAAAUUCCAAACUGCCAGCUAUGUGGUGGAAUGCUAAAACCUGAUGUUGUCUUUUUUGGUGAUAAUGUCCCUAAAGAAAGAGCUGAUAAGGCUAGGGAAGCUGCAAGAGAAUGUGACAGUUUUCUAGUCAUUGGUUCAUCAGUAAUGACUAUGUCUGCUUUCAGGCUAGUUAGAGCUGCACAUGAAGCAGGUGCUCCUGUUGCAGUAGUCAACAUAGGUGAGACUCGGGCUGAUGAUUUUGUUUCCGUGAAAAUAAAUGCAAGAUGUGGGGAGAUUCUUCCUAGAGUUCUUCAGAUGGGCAGCCUUUAACCCGAUAUCAGGUGAAUAUGGAGUCGGUAACUGGUUCCUUCUUCCAAUACCCUCCCUCAAAUCCAUGGAUGAUUCUUUUGUUACAAUAGACAAUCAGAUUACAGGAGCUUUUCUAUGAUUUUCUGGUAUUAUAUCUAGUCAUGGAAACAACGCCCAUGUAUAAUUAAUAUUGUGCAAAGUAUAUAUUGUGCAAAUAAUUUUCUUCCAUCAAAAAACAAAGUAUAUAUUGUGCAAAGGAGUUUCAUAUUCA